AUGGAGCACUUCAUUUCUACAGCCCUCGACGACCUGUUGCAGUUAGAGUCGCCCGACGCCGGUAGCACGCGCCCCGCCGCAGCGCUGGGCGCCGCAGCGGCCCUGUAUGCUGCGGCACGGGCGCAUGUGCCUGCAUACGCUGAGCUCGUGGCCGGGACGCAGCAGCAGCAGCAGCAGCAGCAGCAGCAGCCACGUGCCAGUGGACAAGGGUCGGAUGAUGACCUGUUCUCCAACGUCGCCUACACCACAAAGGGCAACUACUUCCACCGCUUCCCGCUGGCGCGCCGCUGCUGGGGGGGCGCCCUGUCGGGGGCGGACUUUGUGCACUUCAGCAGCGGCUCCUCGGGGCAGCCCACCCCCUGGGCGCGCAGCGUGGAUGACGAGGCGGAGGUGCUGCGCGACUCCUUCUUUUGCCACCAGCGCAGCUCCCUGUGCGUUGUGGUGCUGCCCCUGGGAUCCUGGGUGGGCGGCGUGUUCACGACGCUGUGCCUGCGGCUGCUGUCACUCAAGGGGUACCGCCUCGUCGUCACCACACCCGGCAACAAGCCAUCCGAGAUCCUCCAGAUCAUCCAGUCUCUGGGACCCAGCUGCGACCAGACCAUCAUCCUGGGCUACCCCCCUUUUGUGAAGGGCGUCAUCGACGAGGGCUUGGCCAGGGGGGUUGACUGGGGGCGGUACGCACUCAAAAUGGUCCUGGCUGGGGAGGUAUUUUCGGAGGAGUGGCGGGCCCUGGUGGCGGCCCGCGCCGGCAUCGCCGAGCCCCACCGCUCCAUCGCCUCGAUUUACGGGACAGCAGACGCAGGUGUGAUUGCCCAGGAGACCCCCCUGAGUGCCCUCAUCCGCAAGUGGCUCUCAGAUUAUCCGGAAGCUGCCCGGCAGCUGCUCGGGCGUGACCGCCUGCCCACGCUCGCCCAGCUGCUGGAGCUGCGGGAGGACGACGGCACCAUACUCGUGACAUCCCUACCCGGCCCCGGCCGCGCGGCGCAACUCUCCGAGGCCGCGGCCGGCGGCGGCUGCGCCCUGCGCGGCGCGCCGCUGGUGCGGUACAGCAUCGGGGACGCUGGCGGCGUGGUGUCUUUUGAUGAGAUGAUGCUGUUCCUUGGAAAACGCGGGUUUGACCCCCUGGCAGAUGAGAGGAGCGCCCCCGUGCGACGGCAGCCGUUUGUGUGGGUCUUUGGCCGCAGCUUCUGGGCGGUUUCCCUGUACGGCGCCAAUGUGUACGUGGAGCAGGUCAUGCCCGCGCUGGAGGGCGGCGGCGGCGACGACCGCGAGGACGAUGGCGACGGCGGCGUCCAUGAUGGCGUUGGUGGCGUUGAGGGACAGGAGGGAGAGGCAGGGCAGGGGAGGCUGGCAGAUCUUCUCACCGGGAAGUUUGUUCUUUACGUGGAGGAGGACUCGGACCACAACCCGCGGCUGGGGCUGCGGGUCGAAGUUGCGCGGGGCGUGGAGGCCAGUGGCGCGCUCGCAGCGCGCGUCGCGCGCGCCGUGCGGCGUGUGCUGCUGCGGCUGAGCAGCGAGUAUGCGGCCUACGUGCCGCGCGAGGCGCAGCUGCCGCUGGUGAAGCUGCACGAGCAGGGGGACCCUGAGUGGUUCCCUGUCGGGGUGAAGCACCGCUACACGUUGGCGUGA